CAGCUGCCGAGUUUGAUAUCCUCUCCGUAACAUCUUCCUUCAAGAACAACCAACAACAUGAAGCAAAAGAUUGUGUUGAAAGUGAGCAUGAAGUGCCAAAAAUGCAGGACCGAGGCGCUCAAGGUGUCAGCGAAACAAGAGGGGGUGAACUUCGUUGGAUUGGAAGGUAAUGAGAAAGACAAAGUGGUGGUGAUCGGAGAAGGGUUUGAUGCCGUCAAGCUAACUACCGAUUUGAGGAAGAAAGUUGGAGCUACCGAAAUCAUCUCUUUGGCAGAGCAGAAAUGAUUUUUCUCUCUCAUGGUUUUAGGGUUUAAAUUUUAAAAGUUGUUUCUUGACAGGGACUACAAUGAAGAAAGCCAUUUUUCUUU